AUGCUUAAUCCUCCCCCCUGUUCUUUCUGCCCUGUCUCCCUAUCCUUCCCUCCCCUUCUUCUCCCUCCCUCCUUUCCCCUUCCCAACCCACUGCUCCCCCCUGCUCUCAUCCGUCCCCUUGCCCCCAUUCGAGGCAGAAUUGGGCGCGACGGUAGCAAGCGGCUCGAUCCCACCGUCUCUCCACCACCAAUCCUCCUCUCCCCCACUCCCGCCGUCCCUCCUUUCUCCCGUUACCGUUCAAACCUUCCCCCCGUCCCCGUCCCUCCUUCCAUCGGUAUUCCUAAACCCUUCCUUUCCCUUUCUCCCAUCCCUUCCCUUUCCCCCUAUCCCAUCCCACCAUUCACCCCUCUCCCGGCCAUCCCUUUCCCCCUCUCCUGUCCCUCCCCAUUCCCCACAUCCGACCCUUCCCUUUCCACUAUGUCCCCUCAGCCAAUAGUUUCGCUUUGCCACUGUCCCGAGCCCAUCAUACCUCAGUUCCCAUCCUGCAAGCGCGGUAACUUCCUUCCCUCCCUUUCAUCGUUUUCGUUCCUCCUGAUGCUUAAUCCUCCCCCCUGUUCUUUCUACCCUGUCUCCCUAUCCUUCCCUCCCCUUCUUCUCCCUCCCUCCUUUCCCCUUCCCAACCCACUGCUCCCCCCUGCUCUCAUCCGUCCCCUUGCCCCCAUUCGAGGCAGAAUUGGGCGCGACGGUAGCAAGCGGCUCGAUCCCACCGUCUCUCCACCACCAAUCCUCCUCUCCCCCACUCCCGCCGUCCCUCCUUUCUCCCGUUACCGUUCAAACCUUCCCCCCGUCCCCGUCCCUCCUUCCAUCGGUGUCCGUCCCUCCUUCCCCCACCAUCCACCCUUUACCCUACCCUUGUCCUUUCAAGGCAUCCCCAGAUUCCUAAACCCUUCCUUUCCCUUUCUCCCAUCCCUUCCCUUUCCCCCUAUCCCAUCCCACCAUUCACCCCUCUCCCGGCCAUCCCUUUCCCCCUCUCCUGUCCCUCCCCAUUCCCCACAUCCGACCCUUCCCUUUCCACUAUGUCCCCUCAGCCAAUAG